AUGUUGAUGCGCUGUCGCAUCACUCGUGCUCGUGAGGGUGCCGCUCCGAAUCAGGUGUUUUACGAUGAAAAUGGACACAUUAUCCAGCUGGAAAAGAGCGAAGGAGAGGAGCUGGAAUUCUAUGACAUUGAAAGCAUAGAGGAAUUUUUCGAAACUCCGCAAUUGUCAUUAUCGAAUGAACAACGAGCAACAGCUGCAGUACAGAAAAAUGUCUGUACGUUGCAAGAUUCAGCCAGAUAUGAAGGUUCGCAGUACAGCUGUAAUGUAAACUAUGGUGAUCAAUGA